AUGGCACGCCACAAUGCCUUUGCAGCAGCGCCCAAGGGACUUCCUUCGGACUUUGAGUGGGGGUUUGCCACCGCCUCCUAUCAGAUUGAGGGUGGCGUGAGAGACGGCGGGCGAGGCCCCUCCAUCUGGGAUGCCUUUACACACCUCGAACCAUCGCGUACCAACGGUGACAACGGCGAUAUCGCUUGUGACCACUAUCACCGAUAUGAGGAGGACCUUGACCUCCUUGCCAAAUACGGUGCCAAAGCCUAUCGGUUCUCCCUGUCAUGGUCGCGAAUCAUUCCUUUAGGCGGACGAUGUGAUCCUGUGAAUGAAGAAGGCAUCACCUUUUAUAACAAAAUCAUUGAUGGGUUAAUUACUCGCGGGAUCACGCCGUGGAUAACUCUCUAUCACUGGGAUCUCCCAUUGGCAUUGCAGAACCGGUACGGAGGCUGGCUCGACAUAGAGUCACAACUGGACUUUGAGCACUAUGCCAAGCUAUGUUAUUCACGCUUUGGUGACAGAGUUAGGAACUGGAUCACGUUCAAUGAGCCGUGGGUGGUUUCUAUUAAGGGGUUCUCUUUGGGCUGCUUUGCCCCCGGACGAAGCAGUACGAACCCAGACUGUGAUGCUGGCGACUCUGGAAGGGAACCUUGGAUCGUCGGCCAUAACCUGAUCCUAGCCCAUGCGAGAGCGGCAAGGUUAUACAACAAGGAGUUCAAAUCGAAGGAGGCUGGCCGCAUUGGUAUCUCACUCAGCGGAGAUUAUUUCGAGCCGUGGGAUGCUACCGACCCUAGGGACCAAGAAGCUGCCGAGAAGAGAAUGGAGUUCUGGUAUGGCUGGUUCGCCAACCCUACUAUGCUUGCACAGGACUACCCUCCUGUCAUGCGAGAGCAGCUUGGAUCCCGUCUCCCCGCCUUUACAGAAGACGACUUUGCUCUGCUGCGUGAGGCCGAUAUCGACUUUUGCGGAAUGAACUACUAUACUGCUCAGUUCGCGCGCCACCGCACUGCCCCACCGCCAGAUACAGACUUCCAAGGCAAUGUAGAUGAGUUGCCAGUGAAUAAGGAAGGUAUCCCCAUCGGCGAGCUGAGCGGCUGCGACUGGCUCCGCUCCUCGCCCAAGAGCUUCCAGAAGCACCUUGUGAGGAUCUACAAGAAGUACGGGAAGCCUAUUUGUGUCACUGAGAACGGUUGCCCAUGCCCUGGUGAGGAAAAGAUGAGUAAGGAGGAAUCUGUUGACGACGAAUUUCGCCAGCGAUAUUUCCGCGACCAUCUAGAUGCCCUGGUCGUGGCCAUACAUGAUGGUGCCAAGGUCUGGGGAUACUUUGGGUGGUCUUUGAUGGAUAACCUAGGUCAAGUGCCAAUACUGACAAAAUCAUUAGAAUGGUCCGAUGGAUAUGGCAUCAGGUUCGGCGUGACCUUUACAGACUACGACACACUUGAAAGGACGCCGAAGAAGUCGGCAUUGAUGAUUAAGGACAUGAUCAACGAAAGGACAAUCGAAACAUUAUAG